AUGGCUGCAGUUGCCCAAGAGCAGGUGGCUACUGCAGAUAGUCUUGCUAGCGAACCACCACUAACUGAAGCUGAGGAGUUUCUGUUGACUGUCAGAGAUCCAGAUAACUUAGCAGAGAGUACAAACAGAAUCCUUGAUGUUAGUGCUAAUGUGGACGACAGACCCAGAGUGCCCCAAGCAGAACUUCCAGGUAUGCCAACUAUCCCUCAGUCGCUGUGCAGUGAAAGCUGCUCUGCAGGAUACAGAAAGGCAGCUCAGCCAGGCCAGCCAAUCUGCUGUUUCAACUGCAUCAUGUGCUCCCAAGGAAAAAUUUCCAACCAAACUGCAGAUUGUAUGAAGUGUCCUAAAGAUGGUUGGCCCAAUGAUGGAAAAGACAAGUGCAUCAAGAAAGUAACUGAAUUCCUUUCUUAUGAAGAACCACUAGGCAUAGUGUUGGCUACAGUUUCUGUAUUCCUGUCAGCGGCUACUGCUGCCAUCCUAGCAAUCUUUCUGCAAUAUCAUCACACAGCUGUUGUCAAAGCAAACAACAGGGAGCUUAGCUAUAUGCUUUUAUUCAGUCUCAUUCUGUGUUUCUUAUCUUCAUUAAUUUUCAUAGGCCGCCCCAAUCAUGUGACAUGUGUUUUUCGUCAAGUUGCUUUUGGCAUAAUUUUCACAUUAUCUGUUUGUUGUGUUUUAGCUAAAUCCAUUGUGGUGGUCAUUGCUUUUAAUGCUAGCAAACCAAACAGCAGGCUGCGGAAAUAUUCAGGACCCAGGCUGCCAAAAACUAUAGUCUUGCUUAGUAUGGUUGUUCAAAUUCUAAUAUGUGUUUCUUGGUUAAUUCACUCUCCUCCAUUUCAGGAUGAAAACACAAUUUCUUUAAUAGGGAAGAUUAUUAUAGAAUGUAAUGAAUGCUCACCUGUUGCAUUUUGGUGCAUGUUGUCUUACAUGGGCCUUUUAGCUACUGUAAGCCUUGUAGUUGCAUUUCUGUCUAGAAAGCUCCCAGACAGCUUCAAUGAAGCUAAAUAUAUCACUUUCAGUAUGUUGGUAUUUGUUAGCGUCUGGAUGUCAUUUAUUCCAGCGUACUUGAGCACACAAGGGAAGUAUGUUGUAGCUGUUGAAAUAUUUGCCAUUAUAUCCUCUGGGGCUGGCCUCAUUCUUUGUAUAUUUGUACCCAAGUGCUACAUCAUUCUGCUUAGACCAGACAUGAACACCAGAGACUACUUAAUGGGAAAAGGUGUAUUUAAGAAUGGAAAAGAUUAA